GGUUUCUUAGGAGGCUACGUGUAUAUAUUCUGCUUCCUUAAAAGGGUGGUUUAUGUUGAAUAUCGGAAAAAAAAAAAAAAAAGAAGGAAAGCAGCUGGGAUGGGAUGCCUUUGCACAAAGCUGCGAAUUAAACAUCAAGACCCAGUGCGAAUUAAACAUCAAGACCUAGCUGUUCUUGCUUCUCAGACUAAUUUCAAUGAAGCUCAAGUUGAAGCUUUAUGUAAGCUGUUCAAGAAAUUAAGCAGUUCUUUGACAGAGGAUGGGCUCAUUAGCAAAGAAGAGUUUCAGCUUGGCUUAUUUAGAAACAGCAAGAGGAAGAGUCUAAUUGCAGACAGACUUUUCCAAUUGUUCGACUCCAAGCAAGAUGGAGUAAUAGAAUUCGAGGAGUUUGUUAGAUCUCUGUCUGUGUUCCACCCAGAAGCACCCCUAGCAGAGAAAGUUGCUUUUGCAUUUCAGCUAUAUGAUAUGAGGCAAACAGGCUUCAUUGAACGCAGUGAGGUCAAAAAGUUGAUAUUGGCACUUCUACAAGAAUCAGACUUGAUUCUCCCUGACGACAUUGUUGAAAGCAUCAUUGAUAAGACAUUUAAGGAUGCCGAUACAGGAGGAGAUGGGAAAAUUGAUGUACGAGAGUGGGAGGAAUUCGUAAUUCGUAAUCCAACAAUACUCAAGACUAUGACCAUUCCAUAUUUGAAGGACCUUACAACUGAAUUCCCUAGCUUUGUACUAAUAUCAGAAAUAGAAGAUGAUCUCAACAAGUGAUCCAGAGUUAUGUUAUUUUUUUUAUAAAAGGCGUAUUGGAUAAAAAAAAGGCAAAAUGUUUUUGUUAA